UGCCCUACGAGCGCUGCAGGGGCGCCCGUGGCCACAGUGACGGUUCUAGCCGUGACCUCCGAAGUAGCGGAGGGGUGAUCGCGAGUGUUCGUUCCGGCCCCGGCCAGUCCUGACCGCGUCUCUUCCUGGGGCGCGGAGGCCGGGUCUGGACUCCCAGCCACUGUCUGCGGCCGGGACAUCUCGGCCUCAGGCACGUGAUGUCAUGUGGCCUGUGCUUUGGACCGUGGUGCGUACCUAUGCUCCCUAUGUCACGUUUCCUGUGGCCUUUGUGGUCGGGGCUGUGGGCUAUCACCUGGAAUGGUUCAUCAGGGGAAAGGAUCCCCAGCCUGUGGAGGAGGAGAAGAGCAUCUCAGAGCGCCGGGAGGACCGCAAGCUGGAUGAGCUGCUAGGCAAGGACCACACCCAGGUGGUGAGCCUUAAGGACAAGCUGGAAUUUGCCCCUAAAGCUGUGCUGAACAGAAACCGCCCGGAGAAGAAUUAAUGGAGAAUAUGACAACACUUGGGUCCUUCUGUGGGCCUGGACUGGUCCUGCCACCAUGCCGACCUGGUCUCAGAACCCACAUCUGAUUUGCUUUGCUGCUUAUUCUGGCCCCUCCUGUACCCCCCAGCCACACAUACUGGCUGCUUUUCUGUUGCCAGGCAGACUCGAGAGCAGCCGAGGGGCCAGUAAAGAGGAAGGCCCUGAGGGUUCUGGCCUGAGGGCCACACUUGUUGUAGGGGGGGCCACAGCUGCUGAGGCUUCUGUGCUUCUGGGUGCACUGCUGCGAGGAGUGUUGUGAAAUGAACGUUGGCUGUCAGGCUCUGUGGGGAGGUGGUUUGGCCUCACAGAGUGGCUGGGGUUGGGGUGCUGCCUUUAUGAGGAGCACCUACACGCCCAGGUCCAGGAGGCACUGGGAAGAGUUCAGAAGUCUACCUGGCUUCCUUUACUAGUUUGCCCUGUCCUUUAUGCUCAUUCUUGAAAUCCUGUCCUGUCAGCUCAGGAGUGGGAUUCCCCAAGGAAGGAAAGUUUUCUGUACUUGGAAGCCCAGGCUGUUCACUGUGGGGCAGGGAAAUUUGCUUGAAGACAGUCUCCAUCUUUCACCACCCCCGUCCCAUUACUGUAUAGUGCAAAACUUGAUUAAAGUGGCAUUUGAGAACCAUAUUGACCUAAUUCUAUCUUCUAGAUGGUGUUUGGGGUCUUCUGAGGAGCUGGCAAGUGCAGGCAUUUCAGGGCAGGGUAACACUGACGUUUAGCGAAGGCCUCUGGGGCCCUGGAAGCAUUAUUAGCGUGGUUGCGUGGGAUCCUGGAGGUGCAGGUUCCCAAGAGCCUUUUUAUCAAGACUACAAGAGGCUUAGAGGAACUUUCAGAGUCUAAACUUGAGUAGAUCAGGAAGCUUAACAAGUGCUAUCAAAUUUUCCAAUUAUACACACACACAUACUUCCCUAUAAAAGUAAUAUAUGUAUAUUACAGAACACUUGGUAGGGAUUAAGAAAAGGAUCAUCUACACUUCAGGGCUCUAGCACAACCAAAGAGUUAACAUUUUGUUAUCUUCCACUAAUUCUUGGCAUAGUUUUUAGAUGUCAUUACUGUACAUUUAAUUUUAUUUUCUUUUUUUCACAUAGUUUUCAUCUUAUAGUCUUUUUCUAUCUUAUCACAUUGUCAUCAUAAUUGUUUUUAGUGGCUGCAUAAUUGCCCAUCAAGUGGGAAUAGAACAUAGUUUUGUUUUAAUUUCCUGAUCGCUAGACAUUUGGAUUUCUGGUUGUUCACUAGCAUAAAUGUUGCAGUGAAUAUCUUACAUAAGCCUUUUCUUGCAUUUUGGAAUAACAGUAGGAACAGUAAAUGGUAUUUUGGAUGAAAUGUGAUGAGCAGUAUUAAGGUUCUUAAUGCAUAAUAACAAAUGUCCUUCCUGAGGGCUGUAGGAGUUUAUAUUAAAUGCUACGGUGGUGGUGGGGGUGGAAGGGGAGUGAGAGCAGAGGGCAGGAAGAGGCUUAAGAACCUAUUGUCUCAUGAAGUCUGACACCUAAGUGAGCAAAGGCAAGUGAUGAAUAUUUGGUGAACAACGAAUUGCCUUUAAGGGGAGGGGAGGGGAGGGUGUUUGCCCUGCUUCUGAUCUCAGGAUCUGAGGCCUGAUGGUGUUAUUAGGUGGGUGAAGGUGGAAUUCCAAAUCAAGUAGGGAUGCUCGUUGUGGAGUGGGAGGAGCUGGGAGGAUGUAGAGGGUGGUGGUAGCCAGAGAGGAGGGGUCAGAUCAAGUGGGUGGCUUCCCCUUUGGCUGAGUCUAGUGGCAUUGUUGAAAUGAGCUGCUCUUGCUUCUAGGGAAAUAAACCUGACGAGGAAUUGUGGGGAAGGAGUGUCUGCUCCUGAAGUAAGGAUGAGAUUUCUGGUUCUCAAAGGAUAGUCUAAGUUUGGCUGGGUUACAGUGCUGCCACCGUGUGGCAGUCUUGAGCAUAACCAGGCCUGGGAGGCAGGCCUUCGCUUGGCUCAACCCAGAGUAGCAAAUGCAGAUGCCCACAGGCUCAGUUGGGUGGUUUGAAAGAGCCCGCCAGGCCAGGGUCUAGGAAGCACAGGGUAGCUUAAAGGGGGCGUUGGCUGUGCAGCUUCUUACCAAUUUGUACUGAUUGCCCAGAGAUACCAGAUUUUUAUUUAUUUUUCUAAAAGACGCUAGAAAUCAGAUCUUGUGUUUUUUUUUUGUGGAAACAUCUGAUUUUUAAAUGUCAGCAAUUAAUUUUUAAAAAGAUUCUAAGCAUAGUAACAUGCAUGGGGGUUGAUCUGACUUAGCAGCUGGCAGUUUGCCACCUCUCAAACUGCCCCCUCUUCUAAUGAAAUUUGAGAGGUAUGCUUUUAUUUAAGCAAUUUAGCAACUUGUGGCAAAUACUAGAUUCCAGGAUUAGUUUCCCUCAAAACACUUGGGCAUCCUUUAUAAAUGUCGUUUGAUACCUGCCUACGUGAAAGAUUUGAGGACAAAAAAGCUACAGAAACAACACAAAAAACUUUUCCCACAGACUGAGACAGUUACGGAUUUUCAGAUAUUUUAGAUUAAUCCUGUCACCACUGAGGUACCGCCUCCCAUUGCCUGUAAAAGAGACCCUAUUUUUGGAAAUUCAAGUUGCUCCUUUCUUCCGUUUCACUUUAUGCCCCCUUUUAAAUAAUUUCAUUUCCUGGGACUUGCCCUCCCUGAAUGUCUGCCUCCAGCAAGUCUAUUAAUACCUUCAGCUGGAUCCUGCUUUCCCAUGGCUGGUUGAGAUCGGCUGCUUGGGGAGCUGUAAGAUAGUGCCUGUGGUUCUUGCCUUAGCUCCGGGGACAUUAAGUAACAGGGUUGCUGUGGAUGUGGGCAAAGCAGGCCAGGGUUGCUGGGAUGAACCAGGGCACAGACUGGUUUCCUUCCAUGUUUGCUCAUCUCACCUUGGAGGCACGUGACCCCUCUUUGGGAUGGGCUAAACAGUCACGAUUCACUGAAUCCAGUGAGUAAGUAGAUGUGCUUGGGGCUUUUUGCUUGCCCCCUCCCUUGGGGCUUUUCCCAGGCCAGUGACAGUGGUGGCUUUAGAGCAGGGUUAUCCUGUCUGAGUGUGGCAGGAAUCACUUCUCCUCAGCGGCCCAGUGUCUGGUGCUUUUCCACUCUCUAGAGCCUUUCCUGUGCCUGCUGCUGUGUUAGCACAAGUCAGCUGGGCAGCUGCCAGGACAAGCCUGGGAGGGAGCCCUUUGACUCUUGUCAGCUUCCCAGGGUGCUGGGCUGAAACACUGUAGGAUUAGCCUGGAGUUGCUUGGGAGUCAGACAGUGAAAAUGCAAAAGCUCCUGUCUGCCUCACUUUCCCUUUUCCACUUUGGUGUGGGUCUCUGGGCACUUGUAGAACGGGGAGCCAGGACAAGGUGGUAGAGUAAAAACAGCGGGUUUUAGAGUCCGACAGAUGUGAGUUAUGAAUACUUCCACAACAGCUAUCUUGAUGACCUAAGUCACUUAGACUGUAUGAACCUCAGUGUCCUCAUCUGUAAAAUGGGGAUUAGAAUAUCUGUUUUUGUUGGGUUGUUGGGAGACUAAUGUAACAUGUAAAUUUCUCAGCAGAGUCCAUGGUAACCAACAACAAUUGCUCAAUAAAUGUUAGGUGCCUUCACUUUA